AUAAGAGUAUAAAAAUCGCAACAAAUAUGUAGAAUUUUUAUUUUGGCCCGGAUCGGAAAUGUCGUCGCAGGGUAACGAUCCACGGUUGCCGUCGGCUGCGAAGCCGUACAAACCUCAGCCGGUAUCUACUCAAGAUCUUCCUAUGGACUACUCCGGCUUCAUCGCCGUCAUCUUUGGCGUUUUUGGUGCCAUGUUCCGAUACAAGAUCUGUUCGUGGCUCGCGAUAAUUUUCAGUGCUCAAUCACUUGCUAACAUGAAGAACAUUGAGACUGAUCUUAGGCAAAUCUCCAUGGCCAUGAUGUUCGGUAUUAUGGGGUUGGUGACAAAUUAUUUGGGUGUUGGCCCUCGAUCAAGCAAGAAAUAAAUUUCAUUUGACAUUUCCCAGCCACUUUAUGUUUCUGUUUUGGUUAUCAAAUCAGAGUAGAAAGUUUUUCACUUGUUACGAACUCAUAGAACUAGAGUACUAGACUGGAAACUUAGCUUGGUAUUGUCAUAAAAAUUUGCUUGGUUUCUAAUGAUAUUAUUUCAAGUUAAUUGCU